CAACAAUUGCCUUUAAUAAUAGCACUAAUACUACCGUAAAUUUGAAUACUCCAGGAGUAAUUCUUAUGAAUGAAGAAACCUUUAGAAAGAUAAUAACUAAGUUUACUAGAAAAAAACCUGAAGAACCUGUUUUAAUUAAAAGAAUUCAAGAUUAUGAUGAAUCCUUACAAGUAGAAGAACAAGAUAAAUUAAUGCAUAAUGUUCAAACCAAUGAAAAUAAUACAUUUAAUUCAGAUCACAAAAUUACUGAUAAAACUGUUGAAUGGUCAGAAUAUGAAAAGUGCUAUAGAAAUAAAAAGGAAUUAUGUGAAUAUUGUGAUUGUUCUGUAUGUAAAUGGAAAGGUGACAGAGACCACAUCCUCUUGUGUGAUGGUCUUUGUGGCAAAAAUUUUCAUACUAGAUGUUUAAACUCUCUACUUACAAGAAUUCCUCCUAGAAAAUGGUAUUGUAAAAACUUUCAAAGUUCAAUUUCUCGAAAUCCAACUUUUUCUCACUCAGUAAAUCAAGUUGAAGGUUUAAUUGAAGAAGAUAAUACUUCAAAUGAAGAUA